ACUAAUCAAUCCACGCUGCUGACUUGUACGAUGAUCUCGGAUUUCCUGGUCAGAUGAGAUAACACGGAAAACACAUAAGCAAAUCAUCACUCUCACUCUAUCUCAUCAGACGUCUGUUGUUAAUUUAACUUAGACGGCCCGGUGAUCGCACCGAGUAAAGGAUUAAAUUCAAGUUAUCAGUGUGUUGUCCCUGUAUCCGUGUUAAAGAUGUCUGUGUCCGCCGGCGGUUCUGUAUCUCCGGGCUCGGGCCUCUCCUCCGGUCCCGCCGCGGCUCCCGGCUCCGGUAUGUCCAUGUUCCGCUGGCUGGAAGUGUUGGAGAAGGAGUUUGACAAGGCGUUUGUGGACGUGGAUCUGUUGCUGGGAGAGAUCGACCCGGAUCAGGCUGAUAUCACAUAUGAGGGCCGUCAGAAGAUGACCAGCCUCAGCUCGUGUUUUGCUCAGCUGUGUCACAAAUCCCAAACCAUCUUUCAGCUCAACCACAAACUAGAGGCUCAGUUGGUGGACCUACGGUCGGAGCUGACAGAUGUCCAGUCAGAGAAAGCUGUGGUGGAGGAGGUGGUUCAUGAACAGCUUCUUCAACUCCACGCCAUGCAGCUCAAACUCCAAGCCAAAGGCGGACAGGCGGUCGACUCGGACUCCAUCAAGGACAGGAUGCCUGUGCCUUCAGUGGAGGACAAGGAGAAGGAACUGGAGGCCAGUAAGAAAGAAAAAGUGAAGGAGGCCAAGUUGGAGGCAGAAGUGAAGAUGCUGAAGAAAGAGAACGAGGCCCUCCGCAGGCACAUUGCGGUACUACAGGCUGAGGUGUACGGAGCCAGACUGGCCGCCAAGUAUCUGGACAAAGAGCUGGCUGGGAGGGUGCAGCAGAUCCAGUUGCUCGGGCGAGACAUGAAAGGACCGGCUCAUGACAAACUGUGGAACCAGCUUGAAGCUGAGAUUCACCUGCACCGCCACAAAACAGUGAUCCGAGCCUGCAGGGGGCGCAACGAUCCCAAAAAACCCUUGCCAUCACCUGCGGGGCAUGACACAGAUUCUCUAAAAAAGUCCCAGGGAGUCGGCCCUAUACGCAAAGUGGUAUUGACCAAAGAAGAUCAUGAAGGACUUGGCAUCUCCAUUACCGGCGGGAAAGAGCAUGGCGUUCCCAUCCUCAUCUCCGAAAUCCACCCCACCCAGCCUGCAGAGCGCUGCGGAGGACUGCAUGUGGGAGAUGCCAUCUUAGCCGUCAACAACAUCAACCUAAGAGACGCAAAGCACAAAGAGGCCGUGACCAUCCUCUCACAGCAGAGGGGGGAAAUCGAGUUUGAGGUGGUUUACGUGGCUCCAGAGGUGGACUCUGAUGAUGAGAACGUGGAGUAUGAAGAUGACAGCGGUCACCGCUACCGUCUGUACCUGGACGAGCUGGAGGAGGCGUCAGGAGCCAGUCACAACAAUGGCACUGCUGACCCCGCUCCCCUACAAGCUGUAGGGAAGCACUUAGUGAACAACAGAACAGAAAACGGAGAUACUGCCUUGUCCAGUGAAUGCCCCUCAGACGACAAGACCUCCAAGACAGCAGAGACUGCAGAAAGUUCCUCUUAGAGCUCCAGACAAACAGAAGGAUCCUGGAGAUGAGAGACCAGAAAGAGAUCAAGUCUGCACGUGUAUAAUAUGUAACAUACCAGAUUCUUCUUUGUUUCUGCCGUUUGGAGAACAGACUACUUCAGCGUCCACUGGAAAUGGAUGAACCACUGAGAGAAGAGGACAUAAUGUUACUCAGUGGCCACAAAGGAUUGUUUGCAAAUGUAUGUCACCAUCUUGCUUUAUGGUUGUAAAGAAACUAUGACAAUUUACACAGACGAGUAAAGUGAUAGGAUGGAAUUAUAUAAUAUAAGAGUUGAUUUCCUCUUUUAUGUAACCUCUCUGUGCAUUUAAUAACCUUCCAUAGGGGAGCUGAAUAUGAGCUCAAAUGUAGGGCUUCGACUUUAAUGAUUCACUCUUCUUCUCUUGUAUUGAAAUAGAUGGAUAUAGCAGUGAGUUACUGUUUGCUCAGAAUGUAUGCACAUUGUUUUUAACCUCUCUGUUUUAGCCUGAUGUGAUCCUGUACUUAGCUGUCCUCUGCUCUAAACUAAAGCAAAGGCGAACAGAAGGAUGCUGCUUCCUGAUUUGCUCACAUGAUGGUCAGAAGGUGACGGGGACAGAAACGACACAGCAUGUUUUACUAAUAGUAAACAUCCAUAUGCUUUUAUUUUUAUGGUAUACUUCAAGAAUAGAAGUGGAGAGGUGCCAUUCAGUUGGUCCAAAAUAAAUGUUGGGGUGGAUUUCAUAGAAUCCAGGUCUUGCACCCCCCCAUGAAUAUAUUACUUAAUGCAAAAAUCUUCAAAAACUUAAUUUUCUGUGGCAGUUUUUUUAAAUUUCCAAUAAAGGACAUAAAUCAGGAUAUCUAUAUUUAAAAAAUAAUAAACCUUUUUUUUUUUCGUAUUUCAGGACAAUGAAACUCACUUCCCUCAAAAACAAAAAACAUUGUAACAUGCUACUUUUUAAUUUCAUUAAAUUCCGUAAAAAAAUAAAUAAAACUAAGUAUGACAUCCAAAACAAUGUCACAAUGCAAAAACAAAAAUAUUAAUAAUUAUUGUUCCUAAAAUGAAACAUUAUUUUCUUCAUUUAAUAAAAAAAAAGUACCUUUUUUUUCAUUUUAAUUUAUUUUAGUGUGAAAUGUGACCAAGAAAUUUCUUGACAGCUUUCAUGAUAUCCACCCUUACAUGUCUAUCAAGGUAUUUUUAAACCUCUUUACAAUGUCCAUCUAGAGCUGAUCGUGCCAUUGAACCUACUGUAUUAACAGUGUCUGUGGAAAAGAUACGGAUAUGAACUGAUUAGGGAAGUGUUUUGCAUUUUUAUUCUGUGAAAGAAAAAACAUAAGAGUAAAAAAAUUGAGAAUGAGGAUUCUCAACAACUACCUUGCCCUAUAUUCAUUCUCAGUAGAGUUGGCUGUAGUGCCUCAAAAUCUGUGAAUUGUAAGAUUAUUACUGUUAGAAGAGUUCCUGUAAUCAUCAGUGUUGCUUUCCUACCAUUGAGUUAUUGAACAUAUCACUUUCUCAAUCCGUUCUCUCACUAGCAUUUUCAGAAAGGUGUUUAUCACAUUCUCGCCAUUUAAUGCUCCCUUCUGAAUGUCUGUACGUUGAUUACUCUAUAUUUAAAUAAAACAUAUGGGCUGCAUAGCAAUAAAACAUUCCCUAGACAAUUGCUGUAAUUGUCUCAGGUGUUUGUAGAUGUUAGGCAGAUGAGGGCAGUCGGGACAAUCAGCUCAUUAGCCGUAAGGUCUUUUCUUAUUAGUAUGUUUACUGGUUCAGUGGACUGUUGUAAGUUUUAUUUUCUUGUUACUGAUCUUGGGAGAUGAUUUGUGAGAUGAAAUGCUUCCCACACUGCCAGGGCAUGGCACCGCACAGAUAAAACUUUGAAGUGGAGGAACAUUUCUCCUUUUUAUAGUCAGUCCUUUUUUGUGAUUUCUUUUCUGUUAACUUUGUUUAUCCAGUGUCAUGGGAAAUAUCAUAGGGAGAUUGGGAAUAAAUGUUCCACAUGUAGUUAUUGUAUGACAUGCAAUGUUUCAAUAAACAUAAAUUGAUUUGCCCAGAU